UCAACGAUGGAUUGUUUUCAAGCUUGCACUUUUCUCUUUACGCUGAUAUUAUCUAGAGGUAUCAUAGCUGAGAAGCAAAACCCAGAUUCAGGAUUAGAAAUCUAUAAGAAGCUGUUUGAAGUGAAGCGCAAAGACCAGAUGAAUGCGCUAAAGAACCUCAUUGAACUCAACGAUGUCAACCAGCAGUACAAGAUCAUAGACAUCAUGCUCAAGGGCCUAUUCAAAGUACUCGAAGACUCACGGGCAAUACUUAUUGCAGCAGAUGUCCCGCCAGAUGGGCCAUUCCCACAGGAUGAGAAGCUGAAGGAUGCAUAUUCCCAUGUGGUAGAGAACACUGCUUUUUUUGGUGAUGUAGUCCUGCGCUUUCCCAAGAUAGUACACCAUUACUUUGACCGCAACUCCAACUGGAACAACCUGAUCCGAUGGGGAAUUGGCUUUUGCAACCAGACAGGUGUAUUUGAUCAAGGUCCCCACUCACAAGUAUUAGGACUGAUGGCUCAGGAACUGGGAAUUAGUGAGAAAUCUCCAGACUACCGGAAUCCCUUUAAAACAGACCAUUCCGAAUUUUUCCCCAGUGCAGACACAUUCCAGAAGGCUCUCCGUGAGGAAGAGAAGCGGAGAAAAAAAGAGGAGAAACGGAAGGAGAUCCGCAAGGGGCCGCGUAUCUCACGCUCACAGUCAGAACUAUAAUGCUGCUUGCCUGUCUUUGUCGCAGUGACCCGUCCUGGCAGGAACCAGAGCAGCCGGAAAAGGAACCUCCCAGCCCCUUUGUGACCUCAGGAAAAUGCCAGGAAAGUUGAUUUGGUUUGUCAGGUUUUGGAGGUUUCUUCUUUUAACAGCUGUUUUGGCAACUACUGAAUUCAGCCCUGAGACAUGCCCAGAUGGAGAUGGUGGUCUUUGAGCACAUACUUUCUUGGUGGAAAAACUUUUCCUAGUAACUGGAAUGUAUAGGUUUGUCAGAGACCAUUCUCAGUGUCUCUGUGUAUCUUUGUUCCCUGUGGCUUUACU